CCUUCCGGGCAUCGAAUUCGUGGCGGGAAAAGCGGCCCCUUCAGAACCGCCUUAUUUCUCCAACGGUGUCUUCGUGUUGGCAAUGGAGCGGCAUCUCCAGGAGCAAACUGCCGCAGAGUCGGCGGACUCCGGAGGGACAGGCAGGGCAGGCGGGCUGCCGCACGUCGCCGGCGCUCAGGAGGCACGCAGCGACGACCGAAUGACCCUGCUGCUCAGGCUGAGAGCACAGACAAAACAACAACUCUUAGAAUAUAAGUCAAUGGUUGAUGCAUAUGAAGAAAAAACUCCAGAACAAAUCAUUCAAGAAAACCAAAUUGAAGCUAAAGUUGAAGACCUAGAAAAUGAAAUUGAAGAGGUAAAAAUUGCUCUUGAAAUGAAAAAUCUUGCAUUAGCCAGGAUGCAGCUGUCAACUGCACUUAAAAAAAACCUGGAAAAAAAUGACACCAUGAAUAGUGUGCUCAUGGAUAACAUGAAACACAUAUUAAAGCUGAAUAAGUUAGUAAUGAAAUCACAGCAGGAAUCUUGGGAAUUAGAGGAAAAACUGCUUGAUGUUAGAAAGAAGAGAUUACAAUUAAAACAAGCUUCAGAAAGGAAGCUUUUAGAAAUACAGACAGAAAAGAACAAGCAGAAAGAAGAUCUGGACAAUGUGGAAAAUUCAGACAAGAUAAAGGCCAUGCAAAAAAACCUACAGAAAGAGAUACAAAUUACUACAGUUAUUCAACAUGUGUUCCAGAACCUCAUUUUAGGAAGUAAAGCUAACUGGGCAGAGGAUUCUGCCCUCAAGGAAACUGUUCUACAACUUGAGAAGAAUCUCACCAUGAUCUAAUUAAAAAUCUGUUUGGCAAAUUUCAAGUGAAAUAUAUUUCAGUGUUUUUGAAACCA